AUGUGUGGCACAGUGGACGUCACAGUGGACGUCACAGUGGACGUCACAGUGGACGUCACAGUGGACGCCACAGUGGACGUCACAGUGGACGUCACAGUGGACGUCACAGUGGACGUCACAGUGGACGUCACAGUGGACGUCACAGUGGACGUCACAGUGGACGUCACAGUGGACGUCACAGUGGACGUCACAGUGGACGUCACAGUGGACGCCACAGUGGACGUCACAGUGGACGUCACAGUGGACGUCACAGUGGACGCCACAGUGGACGUCACAGUGGACGUCACAGUGGACGUCACAGUGGACGCCACAGUGGACGUCACAGUGGACGCCACAGUGGACGUCACAGAGGACGUCACAGUGGACGUCACAGUGGACGUCAUAGUGGACGCCACAGUGGACGUCACAGUGGACGUCACAGUGGACGUCACAGUGGACGCCACAGUGGACGUCACAGUGGACGUCACAGUGGACGUCACAGUGGGCGUCACAGUGGACGUCACAGAGGACGUCACAGAGGACGUCACAGUGGACGUCACAGAGGACGUCACAGUGGACGUCACAGUGGACGUCACAGUGGACGCCACUGGACUGGACGUCACAGUGGACGCCACAGUGGACGUCACAGUGGACGUCACAGUGGACGCCACAGUGGACGUCACAAUGGACGUCACAGAGGACGUCACAGAGGACGUCACAGUGGACGCCACAGUGGACGUCACAGUGGACGUCACAGUAGACGCCACAGUGGACGUCACAGUGGACGUCACAGUGGACGCCACAGUGGACGUCACAGUGGACGUCACAGUGGACGUCACAGAGGACGUCACAGUGGACGUCACAGAGGACGUCACAGUGGACGUCACAGUGGACGUCACAGUGGACGUCACAGUGGACGUCACAGAGGGCGUCACAGUGGACGUCACAGUGGACGUCACAGUGGACGUCACAGUGGACGUCACAGAGGGCGUCACAGUGGGCGUCACAGAGGACGUCACAGAGGGCGUCACAGAGGGCGUCACAGUGGGCGUCACAGAGGACGUCACAGUGGGCGUCACAGAGGACGUCACAGUGGGCGUCACAGAGGGCGUCACAGUGGGCGUCACAGAGGACGUCACAGUGGGCGUCACAGUGGACAUCACAGAGGGCGUCACAGUGGACGUCACAGAGGACGUCACAGAGGGCGUCACAGUGGGCGUCACAGUGGACGUCACAGAGGGCGUCACAGUGGGCGUCACAGAGGACGUCACAGAGGGCGUCACAGAGGGCGUCACAGUGGGCGUCACAGAGGACGUCACAGUGGGCGUCACCUUAUCUUGA